AUGCGCAACCCCGAGAACAAUAGCCCGGAUUCCAACCAUUACAGCUCCCCAGUCGACGUCAUGGUCAUUGUGGACCUGUGCAAGAUGGGGUUCGAAAAGAUCAUUCGUUGCCUCUUGGGUCGGAUCAGUCCUCUACUGCUAUCGGCUCUCAAGUGCCGCACCGACGCACCAAUCCUGUCGAGCCUGAAUACGAUCAUCGCCUGCAAAAGAACCUCUAGGACUACCACGAAGCCCUACCAUGUGAUUCAGCCCGAAGGUGCCUCAUUCACUGUCAAGGUUUGUCUUGUGGAGUGGGAGAAGCGGUGCUUCCGUGUUGGUUUCAAUUGGAGAGAAGGUUAA